CCGCGACCCGGGCAUCCAGGCGGACGGGAAUGUGAUGGAAGUGGAAAUCAUCCGCUGCCCUCAAGGUGCUCAUCCCUUUUCCAACAUCAACACCCAAAGUCUACGUCAACUGUUAAAUUGCUUUCACAAACCCAUCUGUCAAACACUGUGGAGAAGCUUUGAUUCAUUCGAUCAGUGUUUGUUUAAGAAACUACGGAAUUAUUCCAGAACAAGUCACAAUGUCUGAAAACGGCGAGGCCAACACCAGCACGAGCCCAACAGCGACCAACUCGGCGGAUGACGCCCGUCAAGAGCUCUCUGUUCAGCUUGAAGACCUUCUAAAUACACUCUCGAACAAGUUCGCCGGUGUCUCCAGCGAGAUCUUCGCCAAGAUGGACGAGAUGUCGAGGCGUCUAGAUAAUUUGGAAUCUCAAAUAAUGGCCGGAAAAGAGAAGCCAAACGGGCCAGCCUGAUUUUGUUUCGUCGUGCAAGUAAACAACCCACGUGCGAAAAGGAGUCGGGUUCAGCGAGAGUCAUGUGUGGGCUAAGACAUUUUAGGAUGAUGGAGUUUGGGUCUUAUACAUAGCAGGCGUGUAAACUAAUAUUUACGCGGGUACAGCAGUUAACGUACAGUAUGCCAUGAUUAUGUUGAUCAGCUAAGACAUGUCUCUCCUUCACUGUCACUUCCGCAACGAGUUGGCGAAACAUGCGUUAGGACCAAACAUUCAUUUAUUCAGAAUUGGAUCUAUUAUUACAAGCAGCC